CCCAAGACGGCCUAACCCAAGACAGCUCCGAACAGCCUCCGUAGCCAUUUGGGCUCAAGAGUUCAGGCCAGUUUGGCUAAAGAGCAUGUCUGACCAAGCUGCCACACGAUGUGUUUCCUCGUGCUGGUCGCAUCUCUGGGAUGGCCGCUUGCGAUGAUGCCGGUAGCGGCUGAAUCAGCAUUCAAGACUACUUACAGCACCAGGGCGCUGCCCGAUCUCUUCAGACGAUUCGCGGAGAGCAUGGAUGUUCACUUCCCGCCUCCGCGAGACGCCGGGGACGAUCCAGUCGUUGUCAAAGUCGGCAUUACUUUUAAUCACUUGGUGAGCAUGACUCCGACGGAGGAAGCAGUAGAAUUAAGUUCGUGGUACCACCUGUAUUGGAAUGAUGAGCGUCUGGUCUACAAUGGUUCUCAGGUUUUUGGAAGCGGGUGGAAUUCCGAAGGCGACUACGUUGCAAUGCCUCCACAAAAGAUCUGGAAACCAGACAUCGUGCCAUACUACCCUGCAAGAGUAGACUCGGAGAGUACAUCUGCGACCAAUGUUUACGCCUACCUCUUCGGUUCCGAGUUUUUGAGGGCGAAUGGGUACAAUGUUCAUUGGGUUCGUCCUGCGAUUAUUAAUUUUCAUUGCGACAUUGACAUGUCAAUCUUUCCAUGGGAUAGUCAUGUCUGUGCCUUGAUCGUGGGGCCCUGGCAUGCGAAGGCAUCUAAUCAUCGUUUUCUGCAUGGGAAAAUGCUGGCCCACGGGGACGAAAGCAAAUUGAGCUCCGAGGAGUGGGAUGUUCAAGUUUUGAAGAUCGAAGAUGUGAAGAACGAGUACAACACUGGCGUGUACGAAGAAGUCCACUUUACGCUGGGCUUCAAACGAUACCCCCAUUACUUCAUGGUGAAUAUUAUUCUGCCGAUGCUUCUGAUCAUGGUUGCGGCGAGCUUAACGCUUAUGCUCCCUAUCCAGGACGGGCCGGGGGAGAGAAUGGCAUUUGCUGCCACACUGUGCCUCACGAUCAUGGCGACAAUGCUCUUCACAGCUCAACUACGGCCUGCGUCGAACACUGAUACGUGGAUGGACAGAUUCCAGGGUUGGUGCCUCUUCUUCACUUUCCUACCACUGCUGGAGUCAUGUAUUGUCACACUGGUACAGCAUGCGGAAGACAUAAUCAAAUGGAUCAACCGAAAUUCACCAGGGUCAGCAGUACAAACCAGAGUCACAAGAGUCACCAUCAGCAUACAAGGGCAUCUUGAUCGUGGAUUUGCAAGGCACCUCGAUCACGGGUUUGCAUAUUUGUAUCUACUCGCGCUCGCCAUCGUCAUGGGUUUCCUUUACUAUGACGUGCCCCGGCGAGACAUUUUGACGCUCACAAGCAGCGAGGCUGUGAUGAUUACUCCGUCAAUCGCGACGAUCGUCCCGCUCGUUUCAUUUUUCCUUCUGGUCCUUGUCCUGAAAGCGGCGCGUCGCACCUGCAGAGCCGACAGGGGCCCUCAGGAGACUUUGGUAAUCCAGGACAUUCCAGAGUAUGACGGAGGGGCGAUAGAGUCCAGCUGCUCUUCUCCAAGGAAGGAGACACUCCCGAAUAAUCCCAUUCUGAGCCGGACUUUGGGACGCCCUGUUGGUUGGAAGGUUAACAAUCUAGGUGAUGAUGUUGAGCUGCACGACCACAGAUGCUCCUUGUGAUUCAAAGUGUAAUCGCUUGCGCAUUACAACAUGGCCCUCGCAAUGUGCUGCGUUCAAACGUUCCUGCGCCCUCUCCGGGCCAGGAUGCGCACGGCGCAAUGCUUCAUCUCCUUUCCUACCUCCUUUUCCCGUCCUGGUCCCCUCCAUUCUCUCGUUGGGCACGACUAAUGUCCCGGCCGCACGAACGGAAGUCGGGGUUAUGCCAGCCCGUCGGUCUUGCCCUCCUCCUCUUCUCUUCUCCUCGAAAUCCUCCUCCUCCUCCUCCUCUGCCUCCCCCUCCCCACGUGUUGCUCCUUCUUCCCGCGGUGUAUUUACUGGCAGCUCCUGCCGUGGAGUGCCCGCCUGAUGUUCCUUCUUUGGUCAGGCUGCGCACCGAUUCCGUAACAAUCACAGCCCGGUGCUUCGGUUCUUUUAUUCCCUCCUUUUUUUUGCUCGUCCCUCUGAUCUCCAUCAUCUGCUUCCUUCUCUUAGCACGUCCUGUGGCGUACCGGCCCAUGCGUUUACGAUGCUGGGAGUGCGGGUCUCUUAGACCAUUUUGUUUGACACCAUCACGGUCUUUUUCUCCAAGCCACGGUUCUUCGUGCGGACUCGCUUACUGCAGGCUGGUCUUAUCUUCGUUCCAGGGGGUGCUUGGAGCCGCCGUGCGCGGGUGUCUGGAAUUGGUGCUGCCCAGUGCCAGGAAAAAA